GAUAACAUUGGUAUCAGUCUUAACGUAUCUUACGACUUAAUAUCUGGUCUACUGGUCGAAUAAAUUACCGAGCAUAAUAAUAAAUAUUUUGAAAAAUGGAUUUAGUAUUUCGUACUCGUACUCCUGGGGUUCCUGCUGAGGGUGUACGGGAUGAGUAUGCCGAUGGAAUAGCUGCUGAAAUCUGGAAAACUAUAAUUGGAGAUGAAAAACAACGUACUCAAGUUUACAAAGACUUUUUAGUGGGUUCAUUACGUGAAAAGGGUUGCAAGAGAAUCCUCGACGUUGCCUGCGGCACAGGAAUUGACUCUGUAAUGCUCAUUGAAGAAGGAUUCCAAGUUGUCAGUGUUGAUGCUUCUGAUAAAAUGCUCAAACAUGCGCUCAAAGAUCGAUGGGAGCGAAGAAAAGAACCUGGUUUUGAUGAAUGGGUUAUCGAAGAAGCCAAUUGGUUCACACUGACUAAAGAUAUUGGACAUCUUAUUGGCGGUGGUUUUGAUGCUGUGAUUUGUUUAGGUAACAGUUUUGCUCACAUCCAUGACACUUAUGGUGAUCAGAGAGAACAGAAACAAAUAUUAAAAAACUUUGAGAUGUGUCUUAAACCAGGUGGCUUUCUUCUUAUUGAUCAUAGAAAUUAUGAUAACAUUUUGGAUGGUGGAGUUGCUCCAACGAAAUGCAUUUACUUUAACAGUCCGCAUAUGAAAGAUAUAAGAACCUCAGUCUUAUUGGUUUCCGGUGUGCCCCAAUUGGUUAUCCAAGAUUACUUUUUGUCCUUGGAUGAGAAUAACGAUGAUCCAGAGAAUCGAAAUCACUUUCGCUUAUCUCUCUAUCCUCAUCGGCUUAAUGCCUUCAAGGAUAUGCUACGAGAAAUAUUUUCCCAGAAGACCCACAAAAUUUUCGGUGACUUUAAACCUCUUAAUGAGGUAAAGGACCCAGUAUUUUUCAUUCAUCAGAUUGAAAAAAAAUAAUUGUCACAUACAAUUACACUGUAAAAAAUCGGGAGUGAAUACGGAUUUUAUUUCAAUCCGAAUUCACUCCAAUCCGAAGUUUUAAUAUUUAAAUUAAUUUAUAUUUAAUAGACACAGCUGUUAAUUAGAACCGUAAUUAUUUUAAUAAAUAAUUCGUUCAGAUAUUAAUAAUUAAACUCAAAA